AUGGGCUUGAACAGCCUUCACAUCCACUGGGCUCAGAAGAAGCCUCGCCCAACGAACAAAGGGAAACAGACCAAAAUCAAUGCAGUGACGCUGCUGGUGAUGGUGAUGGGCCUGAAGGAUUUCAAAUACCGGUCAUUGAAAUCAAAAUGCCGGGUGCGCAGGCCGCCAAGGGCAAGGGCAAAGGCAAGUGCAAGGGGCCACCCAUGCCAACUUGCAAAGCCAUGGCAAAGUCCGAAGUCAAAAAAACAUGAGGCCAAAAAGAACCUAGUGACCUUGCAUUGGAAGGCUUUGCCGAAGGCAGCUGAGUUGGAUUCCGCGGCCAAGAUGUCGUCGAAUGAUCCACUCCUGCAGAGCUGCCGCGAUCUACUAUGUAUUGCCAAGGGCUCCCCCCCUUCAGCUGACAAAGACAUGGCUAGCCACAUGACAAUCACGGAGGCUCUUGCAGGUGCCUUCCAAGCUAAUCAGGCUUGUGAAGACAUGCCCGAUUCCAUGAACGAGGUCUACUUCAAAAGACGUGAAGCUGCUGUACAAUUUGCGCCGGGUGACGCCAACAAGAACUCCAUUCUCGAUGAGAAGCACUGCCGAAUGUUGGGCAUUCUGAUGGGGAAGUACCGCAUGAAGAACAAAGAUGAAAGCCAGCGACAGAUUGUGGCAACUAUGAAGCGAGCAGUGUUGAGCUGCAGAUAUGACAUCCUGAAAGAGGAGGGCUUGAGCAUGCUUCGAAAAGUGGUCCGCGAUGCCCUGGAUGGGAAAGGAAUCUCCAAUUACGUUAAAGCACACGGCGCGGGUGCCUUGAAGAAACUGAAAGAUCCAUGGUUGCAUCGAUUGGUCUAUGAAAUACUCAAGGUUCCCCAGAUUGAAGAACGCCUCGAGUGUAUGCUGUUCCAGACAGCUUUCGAGGAGAGCGUUGCGAAAUGCUCCAGGAAUAUUGAUAUCAUGUGCGAGGCUUUGAUGACAGUCAAUGACAACCGGGGUUGCUUGCGUGAGCUUUUCAACAUUGCUCACCGCUUCGGGACUGCCUUGAACAGCAAUUGCCUUGCUCCGCAAGCUCCACAAGGAUUCAGCAUUGUAUCCUUGGAGCGAUUGGCGCAGACAAAAUCGACAGCUUCCCCAAAGCACAACAUGUUGCACUUUGUCCUUGCGAUGAUGAAGCCAGAGAUGAGUGCUGCUCUUUUUCCUGACGAGGACCUCAAAGCUUUGUCAGCAGCAAAGAGCUUAAAAAGCUACACCGUCUAUCAGGACUGCGCUGAGCUCACUGAAGGCUUCUUUGCUUUGCGUGAAAUUUGUGAAACUGGCAAGUACCAAAGCAACACUGGAGAGAAAGUCAAGAUUGAGCGAAGGCGAAUGACGAAAGCACCUCGAGACAAGGAGGAGACCAUAGAUUCUGACGACUGCUUCCACUCCGUGAUACAGGCGUUUGUUGAGAAGAACGAGGACAAAAUCAACCAGAUUGCUUCUGGAUGCUUCGCUGCUUUCCGUAUGUACAAGGAAAAAGCGUUGUUUUUUGACGACCUCGGCUCUGUAUAUCCACCGCCAAAAGAUGACCAUGACAGCAAGGCCGAUUUGGUGGCUGUGAUCUACAAGCUGGCGAUGCAGGUGCGCUUGCACCUUACAGAGGUGGAGCAGGCCGUCACUUGCUUGGCCAUGCAGAGUCGCAGAGCUACUGGUUGA